CUGGGGUGAUAUAAAUGAACCACGAGUUGGAAAAAUCCUAAUCGUGACAAGCAGACGACACGAAAUGAGAUUAACUAAAAAAUUAAAGAAUUGUCGUUGAAGUAGGUCAGUGUACGUAGAUACAGCAUUAAAGCUUGUAAGUCGAUAUGUAACAAUACAAGGAUGAAAUGAAAUAUGGCCCUAUUUGGAAGACACUGUUAUUUUACAUCGCAAUAAUACUAGCUGUCAACUUUGAACAGAGCAAUUAACAUAGUUUCUACCUAAUAUUGGAAAAGAUAUUCGAAUACAUAUCGAGGAAAAGACAUGACAAUAACGAGAAGACAGACAUGGUCAUGGACGGAAGAUGUGCUACCUUUUGUUGUUAUGCUGAUGAUAGCAUGUUUGGAUGUGGCUGAAUUGACGAUAGUCAAAGCAGCCAUGAAUGGUGGAAUGUCGAGUAUCGUUUAUGUUGUUUACCAUGAUGCUCUUGGAACAUUCAUCCUUUUGCCAUUCUUCAUUGUCCACAUUUCCAGAAACAUUAGGCGUCCUCCGCUCAGUUUCCAUCUUCUAUUCAGAUUCUUCAUUCUUGGCCUUUUAGGAAUUUGUCUUUUUCAGGUGUUUGCAUAUGGAGGUAUUUACUACAGCUCUCCAACCAUGGCUAGUGCCAUAUCGAACUUGACUCCUGCAAACACAUUUUUGAUUGCAGUCUUAUUCAGGAUGGAGAAAAUAGACCUAAAAAGUUCAAGCAGUCUAGCAAAAAUAUUGGGUACCAUAGUAACAAUAUCAGGGGCAAUGGUGUACACAUUCUAUCAAGGCCCGGAGGUUUUUCACAUAGGCCAAUCGACUGAUUUACCCAAUCAGCUUCUUUUGUCACAGCCCGCAAAUUGGGUUCUUGGGGGUCUGUUUCUUGUUAUUGGUGCAAUCAUUAGUGCCUUAUGGAGUGUUUUACAAGCAGCAACAGCCAGAGAGUACCCGGAUCAACGCACCAUGGUUUUCUUCUACUGCAUAUUUGGGACAAUACAGUGUAUAGUUCUAUCUCCUUUCCUAGAACGAAAUCCAAGCGCUUGGAUGCUUCAUCCUGGAAUUGGGAUGAUUGCUGUUGUUUUUGGGGCGGUAUUUUCUGUUGUAUUUCGUAGUACUGCUAUCACUUGGUGUUUGGAGAAGAAAGGCCCAGUAUUUGUGGCUAUGUUCUCUCCCCUCUCAAUAGUUAUCGCAGUCAUAAUGGGAAUCACAUUUCUUGGCGAUUCACUUCACUUAGGAAGUGCAAUUGGAGCCACAAUAGUGGCUGGUGGAUUUUAUACUGUCAUGUGGGGUCAGGCCAAAGAAAAGAACAAGUUACCAUCUGUGGUGAUGGAGGAGGACUUGGCCGUUGCAGACGAACCUGGAUCAUCUGACUCAACCACCCCUCUCCUUUCAUCCAGAAACGAAUCAAAAUGUUAUAUGACUACGGAAAGAAGCAAGACAUGGUCAUGGACAAAUGAUGUGCUGCCCUUAGUUUUUAUGUUAAUAAUGACAUGCCUGGAUAUGGCGGUGAUGACUAUCGUCAAAGCAGCCAUGAAUGAUGGUAUGAAAAGUAUUGUCUAUAUUGUCUACCAUAAUGCUCUUGGCACAUUAAUUCUACUUCCAUUUUUCGUCAUUCAUAUAUUCAGAAACGGUGGGAUUCCUCCGCUCACUUUCCAUAUUGUUUUUAGGUUCUUCAUCCUUGGACUUUUAGGGCUGUGUGGUUUUCAGAUACUGCUAUACGUAGGUGUAAACUACAGCUCUCCAACCUUGGCAAGUGCUAUAACAAACUUGCUUCCAGGAACCACAUUCUUGCUUGCAGUCAUUUUCAGGAUGGAGAAAAUAGACAUAAGAAGUUCAAGUACUAGAGCAAAGUUAUCAGGUACCUUCAUAGCAAUAUCAGGAGCAAUGGUGUUCACAUUCUAUAGAGGCCCAGAAAUAAUUCACAUGAACCCUUCUCCCAAUUCACCCAAUCAGCUUCUUUUGUCACAAUCAUCAAACUGGGUCUUUGGAGGUCUAAUUAUUCUUAUUGCCAUUGUGGUUAGUUCCAUAUGUAACGUCUUAAAAACAGCAACAGUUAAAGAGUACCAGGAUCAACCCACUCUUGUAUUUUUCUACUGCCUCUUUGGGACUAUUAGUUGUAUAGCUUUGUCACUUUUCUUAAACCAAAGUCCAAGCACUUGGGUGGUAAAACCAGGAAUUCGGAUGAGCGCUAUUGUUUGUGGGGCGGUAUUUUCUACUGCAUUUAGAAGUACAGCUGCUACUUGGUGCUUGGAGAAGAAAGGACCCGUUUUUGUGAGCAUGUUCACACCCCUCUCGAUAGUUAUUGCAGUCAUCAUGGGUAUCACAUUUCUUGGUGAUUCACUUCUUUUAGGAAGUGCCAUUGGAGCUGCAAUAGUUGCUGUUGGAUUUUAUACUGUGCUAUGGGGGCAGGCUAAAGAGAAGAGCAAGUUACUGAUGGUUAUGGAGCGCGAUACGGAUGUUGCUGAUGAACCUGGAUCACUGUACCAUAGUGUCCCUCUCCUAUCAUCCGUAAAUGAAUAA